AUGGAUCGCAACCAGGACAAUGCAAACCUUCUCGAUACUCACAAUCGACUCACGGCUGACAUUGUCGCCCGCUUUCGUACACUCACUAUGCUAGCGACCAUUCAAGCGGAGGCCUCGAACCAGAAUGUUGACCCGCAGACCAUCGCCGUCACGGGCAUGUCGAUGCAGAUGGAAUUUGAGGGUCUUAACAGCUCGGUGAAAGAGCUCCUCGCCUUGAGCCGUCGCCUGAAGGAACUGUGGCUUUUUGGCCGUCUGGGCGACGAGGACGAACGGGCUAAAGCUCAAGCCGAAAAUCUGGACCAGGAUGUCGUACGUGUCGCUGAGCUCGUCAAUUCCAUCCAGGGUAACCGGUACACCAAGCUAGCGGAGGAGAACGGGGGCGUUUGGGCGUUCAUGAGUGCGGCGAACUCAAGGAACGAAGUUACUGAAGCUCCGCUUACGCAAAUUGCACCGACUCCUGGCCCAGGCACAGGCACCGGUGCAGCACCAACACCGAUGCCUGCACCAUAA